UGGAAUAGACCGGUCAAGAUGCGAUGCUGAAUAAAAGAGGUAUGCUUGUUUUUUCUUUUUUAUAAGGGAACUUGAAGGGAAAAGCCUGUCAAGAUGUCGCAGGGCGGCGGCGCAUCGGGUGGUCCGAAGAAGGGCCUUACGCUCGAUGACCUCAUUGCGGCCAUUGACCGACAUGAAAGGAACCCGAGCAAUAUCCCUAAAGUGGAGCAACGUCAGGUACGCCUGCAAAGGCAGAAGAGAAAGGAAAAAGAUGCGACCGCUUCUGGGACCCCGGGGGUAACAAGGAUUGUUACAUACGUACUGGCACAGUUGGGAUAUGCGACAGAGCCGGUGGUGCAAAGGAGGGUAGUAACGGUUGUCCAAGUGAAAGGAACGGAGCCGGUGAUAGAGCAGGCUGUUCAGGAGGAACUCUGGGAAGAGGAAGAGUCGGUGCCGCAGCGCCUGACGAAGGCCCAACGCAAAGUGCGUAACUUGGCGCAGGGCGGACAGGGGUCAGGAAAAGCGCAGGCGCCUCAGGCCUUGACAGCAACCCCUUUGAAUGUGGCGGAUCCAUCAUCUAGUACGGGCCCCUCACAAGGAGGGGCGCCCUCCUACGGACAGUGGCCCUGGCCGGUGAUCAAUGCAAUCGUACCAUGGGGUAGCCCGCCACCAGUAGCCGGACCGCAAACGAGUAUGCCGCCACCCAUCUACCCCGCAGCCCAGGCCCAGCCUGUGGCCCCGCCGCCGUCACCCGCUCCCAGUUCACAGAAAAGCGUGGCUGGAGGUGGGAACCAGGGGCAGGGCAAUCAAGGCAACGGAGGGAGGGGUGGAGGAAGGGGGCGAGGCAGGAAUGGCGGCGGAAGAGGAAGGCAAUGGAAUGGCCAAGGCCAGGGGUACCAAGGCCAAGGGAGUCAAGGCCAGGGGUACCAAGGCCAGGGGUACCAAGGCCAAGGGAAUCAAGGCCAGGGGUACCAAGGCCAAGGGUACCAAGGCCAGGGGUAUCAAGGCCAGGGGGAUCAGGGAAGUCAGGGGUAUGGAAGACCCCGUUUUGACUGGAGGACGACUAUCUGCCAACAUUGUGACCAACAAGGCCACACUAUAAGGUUCUGUAAUAUAAGACGGGAAGACGAGAGGAGCGGGUUGAUUUCCUCCACUAUAGAUGGGAACAUCUAUGAUCAGUUUGGGGAGGCCAUUGACAGAAGGCUUGGAGGAGUGAGGGCGGAAGCCCAACGAAGGGCGGCAGCUGGGCCGCCACCCCCUGCCAUGUUCAGGCUAUGGCAGGAGAGGAAAGGACCGUCGGUGGGGAUAGAGAAAUUUCGGUUAUGGCAGGAAAAGGAAGAACCACCGAUUGGGGUAGAGGAAGUGGGAAGCGAUGAGGAAGUGACUCAAGAGCCACGAGGAGGAAGUAAGGGGGAAGAGUUCAUAAUCAUUGAUUCGGAUGACGAAAAUGAGGAAGAAAGAAUGGAACCUUCGUCCGUCUUGUUGGGGAAAAUAGAGGACCUGCUGGAUAAGAUGGGGAGGUACCAACAAAAGUUGGUGGACCUCUUUGAGGAAGUGAGGAAGUGGAAGUCUAACAUCCCCAAGGUGUUCCUCUACGACUCUGGUCCGGAGUCAGCGCCUGGGCGACCCAGAGUAAAUGUGGGAGGAGGAUCAGAGAGCGGAGCAGCGGGCAAGGAAAAGGGAGCCAGGGGAGAGGUCGAGCCGGUCAUGCGCGACGGACCGCCCAAAAGGAAAAAGUAUCCAGUUCGGUUGGAGGAGGGGUUUGUCGUGGAGAAAGUGAUCGACCGGCUGCUAGAAGGGCACAAUGACCUCAUGACUAUGAAGGAAAUCCUAGCGUCGGCCCCUCGACUCCGCGAUGAACUGAAGGGGAGAUUGUCGUGGCGCCUGGUGCCCAAUGUCCAUCUGGGUACGAUCCUGCCCAAGAAGGCAGAGUUGGCGGAGUCAGGUACGAAGAUGGACUGGAAGUGCGUAGCCUGCGGCACGGUGGAUUUGGUGGUGAAGGGUUCCAAGUGCGCAGCAAUGGUGGACAUCGGGGCAGAGAUGAACAUUAUUCGGGAGGUGGACGCGAUCAGAUUCGGGCUAGAUAUAGACCGUUCCGACUGCAGUAUUCUGCACGGAGCCAGCUGCAAGGCCGUAUUUUGUGGGACAAUCUCGAAUGUACUUAUCGAGGUUGGAAAGGUGAAGGCCUGGGCUUGCUUCUUCAUCAUUCCGGACGUGGAUCACGGAAUCCUCCUAGGGAGGAAGUUAGUCUGUCAGGACCAGGAAUGGGUUUGGGGUGAAGAGCAAGAAGAGGUGGUGGCCAGAAUGAAGGAGGAAUUUCGAGAAGGAGGGUUGGUGUUAGGAGCGCCCGAUUAUGAUGCCACGGAAACACGACCCUUCAUUGUCGAAACAGAUGCGGGGCCAACUACCUUAGGAGGAGUUCUAAUCGAGGCAGACAUAGAGGGAAAGGAAAGACCUUUGAGAUUUGAGAGUCGGACUCUCUGUACGACCGAGAGGAACUACUCUCAGUUCAAGAGGGAGACCAUUGUCGUCCUCCACUGUCUACGAAUCUUGCGGAACUACAUCUUCGGCAGGAGGUUUAUUUUGAGAGUGGAUCCGACCGCCCUGGCGUACUCUCUAAGGAAUUACGUUCCAUCGGAUCCAACGGUUGCCAGAUGGCUGACGUACAUCUGGAUGUUCAAUUUCGAAUUGGAACGGAUUCCUGACACGUUGGCCAGCUCGCAUAGCCUGGUGGAGGACAUGAGGACGAUUGAGGAAGGACCUGGCCAGGGAGAACGGCAUGAGGACCUAAUGGGAGGAAUGUAUCUCCUCGUCAACACGUUAUUGCAGGAAAGCCUCGACCAGUCAGGCUCGUUGAACCCGGCAGGGAAUGUGGACGAAGUGUCCGAGAGCCAAGACGACGAGUUCGAGGAAGGGGAGAUUAAGGAGGCUUUUCGUGCAGAGGAGUAUGACGGGAUCUACCUAGAGCUGGGGCUUCUUCUGUCAUGUGAAAUGCGACUUAGGGAUGCGAGCGAUAGAGCUCAGAGGAUGCUGCAGCGCUACUUAGUGCGAGACGACCACCUUUUCGUGAGAAGAGAAGUGGGGAAUCCCAGGAGAGUCGUCUGCGGUAGGAACCGUCAGAUUGACGUCGUAGCUGCGCUUUACGAUGGCAUUACAGAAGGGCAUCGAGGGGUACAAGCUACGUAUGCCAAGAUAAGUGAGUUGUACUACUCGGAUGGGAUGAUGGACAUGUUUGGGAAGUUCUGCCGAUCUUGCCCAGGAGAAGAGGAACCGGAGACGGAUCCAGAGGCUGAGGAGCGAGGGGCAUACCCUGAGUGUGGGUUGGGACCAAUGGAGUUCCAUCGGUUUACCGAGGGUGGAUUGAGGAGGUCGCCAGCACGCACACAGGAGGAGCCGUCAGCAUCUGAGGGGCCCUUGAGGGAGUUGGAGACACAUUUGGAUAUCUCUCGGUGGAGGGCGUCGCCUCGGGGUGAGGAGCAUGGAGAGCAGGCGGAGGAGGUACCACGAGAGGAGGUGCCACAGGAGGAGGUGUCACGAGAGGAGGUGCCACAGGAGGAGGUACCACGAGAGGAGGUGCCACGAGAGGAGGUGCACCUAGCAGCUUAUGCCCUGGAGCACCCAGACCUGGAAGAGCCAGCACCUGCAGCGCCGCGCCAGGAGCCGUGCCAGCCCGAGAAGGAGAUGAAGGCAGAGAUCCCGAAGAGGGUCGACCUCCGCACGAGGGAAAGGGCGCCAGCUGGAGGGACAGCAGAGGAAAAGAGGGCGAGAAAAACCAGGAGGAUAGACGAGAUAUGGCAAGAGAGGCAGAGGUUGGACGCAGCGGGGGAGCUUCCGGAGCAGCAGCAGGAGAGGCAGAGAUCGGAGGCAGCAGGAGCACUCCCAGGUCAGCCACCCAGCACGUCAGCUAGGGCCCCGGAGAUCCCUGAGAUGUGGAGGGACUUCUGGGAGCAGAGAGGAGAGGAGCUUCCUUCGCCAGUCAGAGCUGGGUUUGGGGUAGCAAGAAAGACGGAAGAGAGAUUGGAUCGAAAAAUCAAGUUCCUGGCCAAGACAACUUUUGACCGGCACUUGUUACUGGAGGGCGAUCUGGCAGGGAAGAAGAGAAAGGAAGCAAGUCAUGGAGUGGAGAGAGAGGCAUUCGAGUUCAGAGGCCCUAUCGAGCUCGCGACGCUGCCAGUGGCGGCGGCGGGCCCAGUCGUACCUUUGGCAGUAGAGGAGGGGCGGCCACCAUCUAGCAGUGAGCCGGCUCAAGGCUCAACAGAGGGAUCCAUGGGUGUGCUCCUUGUGGCGGUGCAUACAAUGCAGGAGGAGGUGAGUUUGUUUUCACCCGAGCAGAGGAUAGAGGAGCCUCUUGAGAGAGAGAUGGGGAUUGAGGCGGAGGGUGCCAUCGAGGGCGGGCUCCAGAGGUUGGGCACGCCUGAGUAUGGACCAGAGGAGAUUGAGGAGCAGCCAAUGGCAGUGCCAGGAGAGACACUCGAGAGGAGACCUCAGAGGUUGAACACACCGAAGUACGUCCCAGCGACAGAGGAUUUGAGGAGCAGACUGGGAUCUUGGGCUACUGAAUCUUGGUCUGGGGGACCGGUUCCUGGGAUAGAGCAGCAGGAGGUCGUUAGUGUCGCAGCUCCUCGACCAGAGCAGCAGGGGGUUGUCAGUACCUUGCUAGGAUCUCCUUCAUCACCACCUCCUCAGCCCAAGAAGAAGAAGUUCAAGAGGAAGGUUGAUCAGCUAUGCUUCUACUGCAAGAGAGGCAUGCAUCUGACUCUGAACUGUUUCGAGUUCCUUGAGGAUAAGGCAGAAGGGAAGGUCUUAGAGGCAGGGGGUAAGAUGUAUGAUAGACAGGGUAGGAUAGUAGAGAAGUCCGGAGAUGGACUUAGGGCUCAGUUAUAUAGGCAAAACCAGGAGGUGUUGAGGAGGUAGGACCGGUUUGUCUAUGUAAGUGGGCGAGUAUCUUGUGAGGCAUCAGCUUA